GCAAUCUCUUGCAAGCCACAACGGCCAAGCAGAAAGUGCAAUUAGCCUGCAGGCAGCUAAUCAGUAGUAGCUUGCUAGCCAUGGCUUCUGCAACUAAUUCUUCACUUAGCUUAAUGCUGCUGGUGGCUGCAGCUAUGGCGUCAGUGGCAUCGGCGCAGCUCUCGGCGACGUUCUAUGACACGUCGUGCCCCAAUGCGUUGUCCACCAUCAAGAGCGUCAUAACAGCCGCCGUGAACAGCGAGGCUCGCAUGGGGGCGUCGCUGCUCAGGCUGCACUUCCACGACUGCUUCGUCCAAGGGUGCGACGCGUCAGUUCUGCUGUCCGGGCAGGAGCAGAAUGCUGGCCCGAACGUGGGGUCGCUGAGGGGAUUCAGCGUCAUCGACAACGCCAAGGCGCGGGUGGAGGCCAUCUGCAACCAGACCGUCUCCUGCGCCGACAUCCUCGCCGUCGCCGCCCGUGACUCCGUCGUCGCGCUGGGAGGGCCAUCAUGGACGGUUCUGUUGGGGAGAAGGGACUCCACCACUGCAAGCGAGGCCUUGGCAAAUACCGACCUCCCUGCCCCUUCCUCUAGCCUCGCAGAACUUAUCGGCAAUUUCUCCAGAAAGGGACUCGACGCAACCGACAUGGUUGCUCUCUCAGGAGCACACACGAUCGGGCAGGCGCAGUGCCAGAAUUUCAGGGACAGGAUCUACAACGAGACCAACAUCGAUUCCGCCUUCGCGACGCAACGCCAGGCCAACUGCCCACGGCCGACGGGCAGCGGCGACAGCAACCUGGCGCCGCUGGACACGACGACGCCCAACGCCUUCGACAACGCCUACUACAGCAACCUGCUGUCCAACAAGGGGCUCCUGCACUCCGACCAGGUGCUCUUCAACGGCGGCAGCGCGGACAACACGGUCAGGAACUUCGCGUCCAACGCGGCGGCGUUCAGCAGCGCCUUCACGACGGCCAUGGUGAAGAUGGGGAACAUCUCGCCGCUGACCGGGACGCAGGGGCAGAUCAGGCUCAGCUGCUCCAAGGUGAACUCCUCAUACGCGCACGGCGCAUCAUAUCGCUCACUCUGCAUGGCUUCGGCUUCUUCUGUCAGCUUAAUGCUGCUCGUGGCUGCAGCUAUGGCCUCAGCCGCCUCGGCGCAGCUGUCGGCGACGUUCUACGACACGUCGUGCCCAAACGCAUUGUCCACCAUCAAGAGCGCAGUGACGGCCGCCGUGAACAGCGAGCCCCGAAUGGGAGCCUCGCUGGUCAGGCUGCACUUCCACGACUGCUUCGUCCAAGGCUGUGACGCGUCUGUUCUGCUGUCCGGCCAGGAGCAGAAUGCAGGCCCGAACGCUGGGUCACUUCGGGGAUUCAACGUCGUCGACAACAUCAAGACGCAGGUCGAGGCCAUCUGCAGCCAGACCGUCUCCUGCGCCGACAUCCUCGCCGUCGCCGCCCGUGACUCCGUCGUCGCGCUCGGAGGGCCGUCGUGGACGGUUCUAUUGGGAAGAAGGGACUCCACCACUGCGAACGAAAGCCAAGCAAAUACCGACCUCCCUGCCCCUUCCUCUAGCCUCGCUGAACUUAUCGGCAAUUUCUCCAGAAAGGGACUCGACGUAACCGACAUGGUUGCUCUCUCAGGCGCACACACGAUCGGGCAGGCGCAGUGCCAGAACUUCAGGGACAGGCUCUACAACGAGACAAACAUCGACUCCAGCUUCGCGACGGCGCUCAAGGCCAACUGCCCACGGCCGACGGGCAGCGGCGACAGCAACCUGGCGCCGCUGGACACGACGACGCCCAACGCCUUCGACAGCGCCUACUACACCAACCUGCUGUCCAACAAGGGCCUCCUGCACUCCGACCAGGUGCUCUUCAACGGCGGCAGCACGGACAACACGGUCAGGAACUUCUCCUCCAACACGGCGGCGUUCAACAGCGCCUUCACGGCGGCCAUGGUGAAGAUGGGGAACAUCUCGCCCUUGACUGGAACCCAGGGGCAGAUCAGGCUCAACUGCUCCAAGGUUAACUAGCCGGUGAUGACGAGUACGUGAUGGUCUCAGGGAAUAAAGCUAGGCCCCGACAUUGCUGCCAAUAGCGUGCAGCUAGCUGUGGCCAUCUCAUCACUUUCAUGGUUCAAUGGUUUCAUCAGCAAGUGCACGGAACAGACUAGAGAGUGUAGGUGUAUGCAUGUGUGAUGUCAUGUAACGAGUUGCCAUGCAAAGGCAUGAGGAUUACGGACCUCUCUUUCGUCGUAAUCCUAGCAGCUACAGAUUUCAACUGUCGUGUUAACCAAGUGAAGUGCUAGUUUCGAAUGUAUUGGCCCCUCUCUGCUC